CCACCUGGUAAUAAUGUUAUUAACAUUCUUACUAUGUCCUUGUGUUCUGCGAUACUAAACUAAUUAUGGAUAGGUACUUGAAAUGUGUGUUGAAUAGUGAGAAGUGCAGGUGACUUAUCUUGCUUUGAAUUUUAAUGAACUGUAAAUGUUAAUUGUCAAGGUCUUGACUUGGACCAUAAAAUGUUAACGAGGUUAGGUUAUUGUGAGUAAACAUAUUUUUGUUUUUAUAAUUUAUUCAGUGUAGUAAUUUGCGAUUGUGUUCACCUCUCUGUGUUAAGAUUAUGAGUUCUAUCACAAAUGAGAAUUCCGUUAAUGGUAUUUCGAAGUUAGGACAUAAUUUAAGUAUUCAACCCACGAUCUCACACCCACUACUAAAUAACAAUGAAAUUGACGAUUGCGAAGCAGCAGAAGAAACUGUAACGACCGACUCUGAGGAAUACAUAUCGGAACCUAUAAGAAACUUUGACUUCUCAAUGACUAGCCAUAACUCUUCGCUCACGUUAACCCCCAACUUUCUGCAUUCAGUAGAAGGGAAUGAGUCGUUCCAUUCGUGCCUUAAUGGAUCAGUAACGUUUAAUAACAUCGAAAUCCCAAUUGUGGGUUACGAGGUGAUGGAGGAGCGUGCCAGAUUCACAGUGUUUAAAUUGCGAAUUGACAAUAAAAUAACUGGCGACUGUUGGUACGUUUUCCGUCGAUACACCGACUUUGUCCGCUUAUGUAACAAACUGAAACAGUCGUAUCCACAUAUCGUGCACCAUUUGCCGCGCAAAAGGUGGCUAGGCAAUAACUUCGAUCCGAUCUUCUUGGACGAACGUGUUAACAGCCUUCAAACUCUCGUCAAUGCCAUACUGAGCGAACCCGAUCUUGUGACGUCACAACAGAUACAGGAUUUCUUUUGUUUCAACGAACCACCUUCUGUUUCUGAUUCUACUCAGGAAUCUAGAGCAGUUUUAGAGGCCUUUGAGGAUAGUAUUUAUCAACUGAAGAAACAAUUGAAGGAGAAAGAGAUGGAACUUGAUGCACUUCAUGAUUCGUUGCAUGCCAAAUUGAUUGAGAACGAAAAUUUGCGCAAAAUUAUUAAAAAUUCUACAAUGAACUGUCAGAAGUGCCAGAAAGAAUAUGAAAAUAUAUCAAAAGCUUUAACUAUUACCGACAAUCAUGACUUCAGUUCCCCAACGUCUUCCACUACAAGUGACCUUUGAUGUUUGAUCGAUAUUUAUUAUUAUUCAUUGUAGCUGUUUGGGGGGAGGGAGGGGAGCUGUUGGUUAAAUAUUAGUAUAAUUACAUAUAGAAGACUAAUGGUGAAACUAUUGUAUUGUUGCUGUAAAUUGAGUGCUCAAGUUUAAACUGAGGCAUUAUUUUUAUUUAAUAGAAAUGAGAUCAUUAAACUAUUUACAUUUUGUAAAGUUAUACCAAUGCUUUUGGUAUGUGCUUUAUACCGUUACCAAAGUAUUCUGUACAGUCCACUGUAAGUGCCUAUACUUUGUUAAAUCUGCUGAGUAUUAUUAAAUAUAUUUAUGUACUAAUGUAUUUUAGGAAAUAUUGUAUUAGUAACCUAUUUAUCGAUUGCUUAUUUUUAUAAUUGUACUUUACGGGAGGUUUACACCCAACAAAUCAGGUAUGUUUAUAAAUGUGUACAUGUACGGUACAUGUUGUAAUGAAAUCUAUCAAGGCUGUGCAGGUGUCUACGAAUUUGGAUAAAGAUAAUUAUACCAUAUUGCUAGGCGUAGUACGAUACCUACUAUAUCACUAUAGUUAGAAUUAAUUGUGUAAAGUGAAAAGACAUGCUGCUAUAUAUGUUAUGCAACAUAUUUUUUCAGCUUUACAUUAAAGAGUGCAAAUUAUUUUACUUGUUGAUUAGUCAUUGGGACGAUCAAUAAAUGAAACUUAUAUGAUCUUACUGUUGCUUACAGUGUGUAAUUAUAAUAUGUUUGUUACACAUGAAAAAAUAAAUUGUACAAGACCAAGAUGUUCAGACAGCAAACAAA